UUUGUUCCAUACUUAUACACACCAUAAUGAACAACCCAUCACUUACACUUUAUUUCACCCAUUUUCCAUAGUUCCACUACCAAUAUAAUAAAUACUAUCUGAACCACAACUUUUUCAUCAAAAAAAAAAAAAAAUAUUGAAUUUAUUUGAAGUAGUGAGAAUUUCAAGAAUUGGGUUAUGGAGAAAUCACCAGAAGAAGUGCACCCUGUUAAGGCUUUUGGUUGGGCAGCUAGAGACACUUCUGGGACACUCUCUCCCUUUAAAUUCUCUAGAAGGGCAACUGGUGAUAAGGAUGUGAAAUUGAAAAUACUUUAUUGUGGUAUCUGUCAUACUGACCUUCAUCAGGUGAAGAAUGACUGGGGAUCUUCCAAAUAUCCUAUGGUCCCUGGACAUGAGAUUAUGGGUGAAGUGACUGAGGUUGGUAGCAAGGUGGAAAAAUUUAAACUCGGGGACAAAGCUGGUGUGGGAUGCUUAGUUGGAUCAUGUCGAUCUUGUGAAAACUGCAGCAACGAUCUCGAGAACUAUUGUUCUAAAGGAAUAGGCAUCUACUGUGCAAUGUACCCCGAUGGAACACCAACAUAUGGAGGCUACUCGGACAUAAUUGUUGUCGAUGAGCAUUUCGUUGUCCGUGUCCCAGAAAACAUGCCCCUAGCUGCUGCAGCCCCUCUGCUUUGUGCUGGAAUUACGACCUACAGCCCGUUGAGGUACUUUGGACUAGAUAAACCGGGCCUUCAUGUUGGUGUAGUAGGUCUUGGUGGACUUGGUCAUGUUGGUGUCAAGUUUGCCAAGGCUUUAGGGCUAAAGGUGACGGUUAUCAGUACUUCUCAAAAUAAGCAGAAGGAAGCUCUUGAACGUCUCGGUGCUGAUUCGUUUUUGAUUAGCACUGAUCAGGAUGAGCUGCAGGCUGCUAUGGGCACAAUGGACGGCAUUCUUGAUACAGUCUCUGCUGAUCACCCUGUCCUACCAUUGAUUGGGCUAUUGAAGACUAAUGGGAAACUUAUCAUGCUCGGUGUAGGUGGAAAAUCCCUCGAGCUACCCGUCUUUCCGUUGCUUGCGGGGAGGAAGCUUGUAGCUGGAAGUGCGAUAGGAGGGAUGAAAGAGACGCAAGAAAUGAUUGAUUUUGCUGCAAAACACAAUGUAACAACAGAUAUCGAAGUCAUUCCAAUGGAUUAUGUAAAUACUGCAAUGGAGCGUCUCGCCAAAGCUGAUGUUAAAUACAGAUUUGUCAUUGACAUUGCUAAGACCCUCAAAGCAGACGACUAGGAGUUUUUCUUGAUGUAAUUCUAGUACUUUAUAAUAUUUUGGGCAUAAAACAGUGAGUUUGAUUUCUUCUUGAGAAACACUAGUAUACAAAAUAUACUAAUAAUGAGUAGCAUCUUACAUGUUGGAAGUUAUGGGAAGCCUUUAAUCUUCAAUGAAGCCAAAUAUUUUGCUUAAA